UUCAUAUAUUGACAUUUACUGCGUUGGGUAAACGUUAGCUCAGCGAGUAUACAUUAAGGUUUCGGGCCAUGUUUGUAUUUCACUGGUGUUACCCACCCAGCACACAUAUUUCGUGGAGUUAAACUCUUUUAAUUGUAUGGAGGUUGAACCUAACGUCAUCGUGAACCUGUUGACGCAUCUUCCCUAUUUGUCGACACAAUGUGAAUAACAUUUAUGAAAAUGUGAAUAACAUGUAUGAAUAUAUUUCACGCGACCAAAAGUAUUUGUGCAAUACAGUUACAAGCGAUAGCGUGUGAAAAUGAAGUACAAGACAGGAAGCAGUGUUUGCACGGAUAGCGGUGAUGAUAAUAGGCGCGAGUGGAAUUUCGCCACUCUGCACGAUUUGCACGUGCGCGCCAACUCUGUUCUCAGACAGGCCAUGCUCAAUGAGCGCUACAAACGUUGGCGGAAGGUGGUGGAUCUGUACAAUGAACUGCUCUGGCUGAUAGACCUUGCCCAUUUCCCGGAGGACUACGAACCGCCCUCCAGCUACUCCAUGCUGCUCUACGAGUUACACUACCAUCUCGGUGUGGCUUAUCAGCAUCUAGGUAACCAUGGUAACGCGGUGAAAGAAUACAGCAAAACCAUAGAAGUCGUUUCUAUAUCAAAGAACGGAUGCCUGGCUGGCUGCCUCACCAACUCCUGCCUCAUGACACCCAUCUACACACGCCGGGCAUUUGCGCACGCGAAACUAGGUUCCUACAAGCUAUCUCUGAAGGACGCAGAGAAGGCGGUGGUUUUAGACAGUCAGUCACCAGACGUGUACUGUAUACGGGCCCUCGUAAGAAGUACUUUUGACGAUGAAAUAUUGGGUCUACGUGACCUCGAGACGGCGUUACGUCUGGACUCGGACCACGUUUGUGCCGUCAUGCUAAAGGCUUCCUUUACCAAACCACUCUUCGCCGACGAGAACAAAAUGUCCGCGUACGAGAAACUCAGGGCGAAGGCGGUGCGAUUGUGCCAGGAGGCGGAGACUUAUCUUACCUGUAACAGCUUCACCCACUCAUGUAUUCUCGAGUUCUACGACAAGUAUGUAUCAAGGUUCCUGUUUCCCCUGAGUGUGCCUCACACUAUCACUCGUAUAGACCUGCGACCCGAGAAACCCAGCCGCAAACAGCUUGAAAGCAGUGUGCAAUCCGCGAAGAAUAAUUCUCCGCAAGAAAACGGAGGGGAUGAAUUAGAAUCCAAACCGGAGAUCUUCCGGUGCGGGACUAUAAGCAACAUGGUGAACAACCGGAUGUCGCUACAGCGGCGCACCGACUACGGAAACGCCAUCCGGAAGCACAUGGCUCGACCGAAAACAGCGAAGCAAUUCUUUGAUGAGUUGGAGAAACAACGGCGGAAAGACAUCCAGAGCCGUCGAGCCCAGUCCGCCAUCGUGAGACCCGGGCAGCGCUUCGCCCGACCCCUAGCGGACAGCUCUGCACCUGACUCCCGUGAGGCCACUCGACCACCGACCGGAGGUCCCGUCCAGAUGCGUGUGUUAAACUCCACCCCGUUUUUCUCUGAUCCCUGCACUCGACCCUUCACAGCUCCCGCUCGGAACCGCCCGCCACUUGAAUCUCCUGUCCGGCCAACUCCUGAUAAACUCGCUCAAGGCGACUUUCGCGAAACGCUCGACUCUUCGGAUUGCCGACAGCCGCGGGUGAAGGCUCAGAGUGCCGACCAGCACCGCGUGCGGCCAUCGGCACGGAAAACCAUCGUCAUAGAGACACCGGCUAACUACUCCAUACCGAUAUUUCAAUCAACCAACAUCAAGAAUGCACCAAGGAUGUACUACAGGCCAUGGAGCGGGGACAAGUUGCCGGUGUCUGAAAGGCCCGUCAUCAAAUUCGCACCUAAGUUCUACUGAAAAAGCUGCAGUUGGCGUCCCAAUGGCAUUCACAUGGUAUCAAUGACCGACUUCAUCGCGGAGACUCAGAAACCACAACCGACUCCCUCAGGCGAAUGACUACCGCCGAGAUGCCGUACAUCCAUCGCGAACAUCUGUUUCUUCAGCGCCUAAGGCUGCAUUAUUUGAAGAUCCUGAAUGUGCCCCAGCUACAUAAUUUGCCAACUAGACUCACGAACGUUGGCACAAUUUUUCAAAUUAUAGAUUAGAUUUCCAGCUACAUGUAUUUAGUUGCUACUGAAAGAUUUUUAAUUUGGAUGUGGUUCCGCAUUAUUGAGGGAAACCUGUCCGGUAUGGAGGCCACAAACCAAACUCACAUGAUUCCGGGAACGGAGAUUGAAUUCGUGUCGCCUAGUAGAGAAGCGCGUGCUCUAACCGUUAUGCUGACCGGGCAGCCGCGCGGUCACAGGUCCCACCAGUGAUGAAUUGUAUAUUCUGGGGUUUUCUUUCAAUUCAGAAUUCGUGUGAUAAGUACACGCGUGUUGUUUGUUACAAGCAAGCGUCUUCAAUAUAAUGGAUUGCGUUGUUUUAUAUGAUUUUAUUUAAAUGUUCAUGAAGAAACGCUGAUGUUUGUAUUUUGUUUAAUUGUUAAAAUGCUCGUGUUCAUAUAUGUAUUAUUAUCAUUAUUAUUGCUAUUAUUAUAAUUAUGUUUUAUUAUUAUUGAUAAUUUAUUAUCAUGAUAUUUCCAUUUAAGAAGCAGACGACAGUGAUUCACAUACGAGUGUUAACCAGUCAUUAAUAGCACACAGGCAGACUUAUUGUCGACCAAUUGUUACACAUUGAUAAUAAAUACUGUAUAAAAUGUAAA